UUGUUUCCUGUCAUUUAAAUCAGGGUUCAGAAUGGGGGUGCUUUUUGAAUGUCAGUUAAUUGAUUCAAUUCAGAAUGCCUUUCAUUUGUGCCCCUGAUUGGUGAGACAAGGAGCGUGGUGUACAAGAAGCACAGCAACCCCAAGCUCACCAAUCAGAAUCUCUGUGCUCACACACGAGGCUCCCCCACCCACCCGAAGUGGCAUAGUCAAGGAGGCUGAAAUGAAUAUAAGAUAUACAAUGAAUAUAAAAAUGUGCAUAAUUAUUUGUAGCUUUUGCGAUUAGAUAAUUGCCUUGGUCCAUAUUGCGAUUAUUAUGAUAAUUGUGCAGCCCUAUUCCAGAAUGUUGUAAAUAGGAGCUGGUUGACAUUCUCAAGCUGUAUACUACUGUGCGUUGCCAUUGAAUCAAUAUGCUUGGUGUAGGGUAGAAUGAGACUAGAGUGUAACUGGAUACACAGUGUGCCUGUUUCCUGUGUGGCCCAUCUGAAUGUCAUUGUGGCUGUGUUUGUGUACUGUCUGUCCACUCAGACCAUCCUGGGAGAGACCAGAGAGGAAGAGGAUGAGAUCCUGCCCAGGAAAGACUACGAGAGUUUGGACUAUGACCGCUGUAUCAACGAGCCCUACAUGGAGGUCCUGGAGGGCAUGGACAACAAGAAAGCCAAAAAGUAUGAAGCGGUGAAGUGGAUGCUGGUGUUUGCCAUAGGAGUCUCCAUCGGAGUGGUCGGCCUGUUUGUGGACUUCUUUGUCCGCCUCUUCACACAGCUCAAGUUCAGCGUGGUUGGGAAAUCUGUGGAGGAGUGCAGUGAGAAGGGCUGCCUGGCCCUGUCCCUGCUGGAGCUGCUGGCCUUCAACAUGACCUUCAUCUUUAUCGCCAGCGUCCUUGUGCUCGUCGAGCCGGUGGCAGCGGGCUCAGGGAUCCCAGAAAUCAAGAGCUACCUGAACGGGGUGAAGAUCCCGGGGAUCGUGCGUCUGCGCACAUUUGUGUGUAAGGUGGUGGGAGUGCUGUUCGCAGUGGCUGGAGGUCUGUUUGUCGGGAAGGAGGGGCCGAUGAUCCACAGCGGCGCCAUCAUCGGAGCAGGCCUGCCUCAGUUCCAGAGUAUCACCUUUAAGAAGAUCCAGUUUUACUUCCCAUACUUCCGCAGUGACCGGGACAAGCGUGACUUUGUGUCGGCGGGGGCAGCAGCUGGCGUGGCGGCCGCUUUUGGGGCACCCAUCGGGGGCACCCUCUUCAGUCUGGAGGAGGGCUCAUCCUUCUGGAACCAGGCACUCACCUGGAAAGUGUUGUUCUGCUCCAUGUCGGCUACCUUUACUCUGAACUUCUUCCGUUCUGGGCUCAACUACAACAAGUGGGGCUCCUUCACGCUGCCAGGCCUGCUCAAUUUUGGCGAGUUUAAGUGCCCAGACGGUGACAAGGCGUGUCACCUGUGGACGGCGGUGGACCUGGCCUUCUUUGUGCUGAUGGGAAUUGUGGGGGGGCUGCUGGGGGCUCUCUUCAACUGCAUCAACAAGCGCCUCGCCAAGUACCGCAUGAGGAACGUCCACCCCAAGGCCAAGGUCGUCAGGGUGUUGGAGAGCCUGCUGGUCACCAUGGUGACGACUGUGGUGAUCUUUGUGGCCUCGAUGACCCUGGGAGAGUGUCGGGACCUGUCUCCCCCCACCACACACAACUCCACUGUGCUGGAGGUGGACAAUAUGGACGUGAACUCCACCAUCAGACAGUUCUUCUGCUCCAAUAAGAGCUACAAUGACAUGGCCACGCUCUUCUUCAACCCUCAGGAAGUGGCUAUCCAUCAGCUCUUCCACCAAGACGCUACCUUCAGUCCGGUGACUCUGUCGCUGUUCUUUGUGCUGUACUUCCUGCUGGCGUGCUGGACGUACGGCGUGUCCGUCCCCAGCGGCCUCUUCGUCCCGUCGCUGCUCUGCGGAGCGUCGCUCGGACGCCUGGUGGCCAACGUCCUCAAGAUAAACCUGGGCAUGCACAUCUACUCCGGGACCUUUGCUCUGAUUGGUGCAGCUGCCUUCCUGGGAGGCGUGGUCCGCAUGACCAUCAGCCUGACGGUCAUCCUCAUCGAGUCGACCAAUGAGAUCACUUACGGCCUGCCCAUCAUGAUCACCUUAAUGGUGGCUAAGUGGACAGGAGACUUCUUUAAUGAGGGCAUCUAUGACAUCCACAUCCAGCUGAAGGGAGUGCCACUACUGGAGUGGGAGACUGAGGUGGAGAUGGACAAACUGACGGCCAGUGACAUCAUGGACCCCAACCUGACGUACGUGUACCCUCACACGCGUGUCCAAUCCCUGGUCAGCAUCCUGCGCACCACCGUCUACCACGCCUUCCCCGUCGUCACGGAGAACAGGGACAACGAGCGCGAGUUCAUGAAGGGCAACAUACUCAUCAGCAACAACAUCAGAUUCAAGAAAACCAGUGUGUUGACACGGGCGGGCGAGCAGAGGCGGCGUUGCCAGUCGAUGAAGUCCUACCCAUCCAGCGAACUCCGCAAUGUGUGUGAUGAUCAGGUGCCGGUGGAGCCAACAGAGGAGGGCCAGGACAUACUGCAGCAGAUGCUGGAGAGGAGGCACAUGCCCUACCCCAACCUGUACCCAGAUCAGUCUCCGAGCGAGGACUGGACCAUGGAGGAGCGCUUCCGACCUUUGACCUUUCACGGCCUCAUCCUGCGAUCGCAGCUCGUCAACCUGCUCAUCCGUGGAGUGUGUUACGCUGAGAACCAGUCGAGUGCCUCUCAGCCACGUCUCUCCUUCGCUGAGAUGACGGAAGAUUACCCACGAUUCCCUGACAUCCAUGACCUGGACCUGGCUCUGCUCAAUCCCCGGAUGAUUGUGGAUGUCACGCCGUAUAUGAACCCCAGCCCCUACACGGUCUCGCCCAACACACACGUGUCUCAGGUGUUUAACCUCUUCCGCACCAUGGGACUCAGACACCUACCUGUGGUCAACGCCGUCGGAGAGAUUGUGGGUAUCAUCACGAGACACAACCUCACACACGAGUACCUGGUGGCCAAACUCCGGCAACAUUACAUCACCAUCUGAAGGGAGGAGCCAUCCUUCUGCGGCUACACUGAUUGGACUGCCCUCGGCCCAAACCCCUCCCACCAGCCCAGCACGCCAUCCAUGGGUCGACCACGUCCACUCCCCUCCUGUCCGUUCCUGGCACAACAUGGCACUGACCAGUUAGUGCCUCACCACACACACACACAUGCGCACACACACACACACACACACACACACACACACACACACACACACACACACACACACACAUGCACACACACAAAAAAACCCCGGGGAUUUGUGUCUGACAGACAGGGCUUGAAGUGUGUGUCUCUCUUUCCCCACCCUUUGUCCAACUGGAACUGGAGCAGCAGUGGGGUUGAUCUCGGACACUACGUAUGUAUGUAUGUACAUGUACACACGCAACCCUGCGGCUCGGUUUGCUUUACCCUUCUCACUGCAGCACUUUUGUUCUGUCCUUUAUCGUGUCCACUUCCGUCUGAUUAUCCAUGUGAUUUUUAAUAGCCGUUGAAGCGUGUAUGUGUGUGUACAGUAAGCAUUUGCACUACAGACUGAACGAAACCACUGACGUCUCUGGACAAAACGACGAGGAAGAGGAGGAAGAUGAAGAGGAUGGUGACGUCCAUGGCGCAUCUCAUGAUUUAAGGGGACCUGUCUCUUAUCUGGACUUCAAUCUGACGUUCUGUGAAGCAACGUGAACGGCAUCAUUUUAGCUUUGGAUGUGGAGAAUGCCAGAAGAUUUGAACAACUUGGAGACAAAAAUGGGGAAUUGGACGAGUCAAUUACGACUAAAUAUUGGCAUUGUAUUUUAAUUUUGCUCUAUUUAAGUGGCUUUGGUUUCUGCGUUGAAAGCAGCUGAUGCUUCACUUGUUAGUGAGCAGAAAAGGGAUUUGAGAACAGGGAUAUUCCACAAGUCACUUGAACAUCAACUUCAUGGACAUGGACCAUGAAGCCUAGUAGAUAUCAGGGUUUGCCUCACUAGUUUCUCCCACUACACUAACUGACCAUUUUAGAUUCUUGCCACUAGUUGCGCUUUUUACCGUUUUAGUUGAGAGUUGAAGCGUCAGUCAGUAGCGAUCGCUUCACUAACCAGCACAGAAUUAUAUAAAGCUGCAUGUAUAACACUGUUUAGAGGAAGGACUCCAGGUUAGAAUGGUGCAGGUUGGGUCAUUCAAACCUAUAUGCAAAUCCUCAUGCACAAAGCUCAAAUGUGAAUGCAGGAGAAACCAAAACACAGAUUCAAUAUGAAGCCAUUUGAUAAUGGAAUACCAAUCAUUUGGAGUUCAACCAUAUCUAUAUUGGCGCAGUUAAAGUCUGCCUCCAAAGACAAGGAUUUUGACGGCCAUCUUGAGAAUAUGAGCUCUCAGUCUUGUUGUUGAACAUUGGCGAUGGCCUUUGCUAGAUUAGGUUGUAAAUUAGGAAUAACCUAUUGUGUAAGACUCUGAUUACAGAAUAACUGACAAAUCAUGUCAAAUAUGUAGCCACAGGUACAACCCAAGAUAUAUGAAUUGCAUUACACAAAGCCACAUUAUUCAGGCAUAAGCAGUUAGUGAUGUGUAUUGUAGAGUAGACGUAAGGCAGAUUUUGGUGCCCAAAGGGGACUAAAGGCAGUGCUGCUCAGUGUAGAUAUUAUGAGACGGCAGAAACAAAACUCUUGAUGAACAAUGAUGGCACAUAUGUAUACAUCACUCUGGCAUUCCUAUGUGUUGGUUUUGUUUUGUGUUUUAUAUCGUUUUAUUUAAGAGAUUAUGUCCACUGUAAAACAUUUUGCAUUUUAUCUGCUGCAGCUAACAUGUGAACUAUUGAAAGUGCUUUAUGAGUAUGUGAACAUUCCUGUUUAUUUUAUUGUAUCAUAAUUUCAAGCAAAUGUGUUCUCAUGGAGGAUAUUAUGUUGUGUAGCCAUAACUAUUCUGUUUUUAUUCAUGUAUGUUUUUAACGGUGUGUCUGGCCCAUGAUGUCUCUGUGCGGUUGCACAGGUUCUGUAUUUCAUCUGACAGCUCCAGGCCCGAUCAGAGCCGGAGAUGUGUUCAAAUUGGCAAAGCGAGCGUUAGGGUACAUUUGCAGACAUUAGCUUUGCUUGUCACUAGUGGUUGACUGGGAUUUAGCAGACGCUUUUAUCCAAGGCGACGCGAACUCGCAAUUGCGGAUUCAGGAAUCAAGUGACUGUUGCUCCAUCACGUAGCACACACCACUUUGCCACCAGUGGUCUGAAGAUGUAGUUUUCUGCAAACAUACAGCACAUGGACACUGGUUGACCGUUGAAAUGGAAUAAUUUGGAAUGUAUACAAACACAUUUCAAAUUUAACAGUUCAAAUAAAUGUGUUUGCCAUUCUAGUCCAGAGCUGAGUCCUGAUUCAGAGUCAGAUUUAGUCCAGUUCUAGUCCAGAUCCAUUCCUGAGUCAGAUCUAGUCUGGCUCAAUGUCUGCACAGAGGCAUCAUGGUCAUGACAGAGGCCUGGUAAGGGUGUGUGUGUGUGUAUGUGUGUGUGCAUGCGUGUGUGUGUGUGUGUGUGUGUGUGUGUGUGUGUGUGUGUGUGUGUGUGCGUGUGUGUAUCGCCUCGCGCCACUUCAGUCAUCUCACGGUAGUAGUUGUUCAGUGACGCUUACAAGGAACACACCCCUAUGCAGACUGCCGCGUUCAUGACAAACUGGUUAAUUAUCACGCAUUCCUACAGCACAGCACACAUGUGCUCAGAGCAGGAGAAUGUGCUGAAAGGCAAUGGCUAACAUUUGGCCCAGAUACGGCCCAGACCAUCAGAUAAGGGAAACAAGGUUUCAGCAUGACCCUGCUCUCAGCAUACAGUGUUCUGCUGUGAAGUGUGUGUGUGUGUGUGUGUGUGUGUGUGUGUGUGUGAGAGAGAGAGAGAAAGACAGACACAGAGAGAGAGAGUGGGAGAGACUGACACUGUUAUCUUGUCAAGAUAAGUUUGUGCCAGCUGUGUAACUGUCCAUAUGUAUCUGACUCCAGAACAAAGGCAGAGAAAGAUAGUGUUUUUGUGUGUAGAGGGACGUACCACUUUGCCAAAUGACAAUGUGUGUGUAUGAGGAGAAUGGACCAGAGUAUGGACAUUGAGGAAGAGUGUGUGUGUGAGAGAGAGAGAGAUAGAGAGAGAGUUAUUAGUGAGUAAUUGAGAGUUUGCAGGACAGUGAGACUGUGAUAGUCCUGGGCUAUGUUAUAGCAGCUUUGCAGCUUUUGUUUUAACGGGGGCCAUUUUAGGUCUUGUUGACCAUGUGUGGGUGGGACUGGCCUCUGGGGUGGGUGUGGUCACAUGUGUGUGGGUGUGUCCUGGGAAGACCUGUUGAUGUUGGUGGUCCCAGGGUCAUAGAGACCCCCAUCCUGUGCCUUGACCCUCUCCCUCCUCAAUAAAGACCCCUCUGUGUCCAUCGAGCUGU